AUGCACGCUAUAACCCUUUUCUAUGCAUUCUUCCACUGCGUCGGGCUUGUGAUCAGUGGGACGAUCGAAAGGAGCCAAUAUGGCCUUGAAAACACAUUUGGGGUCGCCGGUCAGAGGGAGUUGACCCCGGACUCAAGAGGCGGAGGAAAGGCGUUGGAAACAUGGACAUCCAGGCUACCGCAAGCCCUCCGCGAUAUGCUGAACGCGCUGGAAGUCAUGCAAGACUCAUAUUUCGACAUCUUCACGGGCACCUGGCCGAACGCCAUUGACUGGACAUCAGCUGUCAUGGGCACCCAUAUCUCUGCCACGCUAGCCAGCAUUGUUUCCUCCUUGGAUGCGUCUGCCAUGUCUACCUGCUCGGAUAUGCUCUCGUGGCAGAACAUCAUAGAUCGAUACUACUCUCACACCACCGUCUUCUACUUUGGCGAGAAUGCAUUUGCACUUCGAAAUCAAGCUUACGACGAUAUGCUGUGGGUUGUUCUCGGCUGGCUCGAGAACUUGAAAUUUGCCGAAAUGUACAGCUUAAAGCAUUGGGAUUUCAUACAGUCUGGGCGACAUCCUGAUUCAGGCACUGGAUGGCACGGUCUCCAAAUUAGCCCUAUGGCGGCUCACCGCGCUCGCAUUUUUUACGACUUGGCGUCAGCGGGCUGGGAUGAAUCACUCUGUGGAGGUGGUAUGACUUGGAAUCCGUACCUGAAUCCGUACAAGAACGCCAUCACAAACGAGCUGUUUGCAGCAGCAAGCAUUGCGAUGUAUCUUUACCACCCUGGCGACAACAGCACAUCGCCAUAUCUGACGCAGGGUCCGGACGACUUCUCUAAGCCACAUGACCCUUUGUACUUGGAGAACGCCAUAAAGAGCUACAAAUGGCUCAUCCAAAGCCAUAUGCGGAGCUGGCGAUCUGGACUCUACCAAGACGGCUUCCACGUCGCCGGAUGGCACCGAUAUCCGAACGGAACCAUCAACCCUGGGACGGGAAACUGCGAUGAACUCGAUUCGAUGGUCUAUACUUACAAUCAGGGUGUUGUUCUUUCGGCCGGUCGGGGCCUUUGGCUCGCCACAGGGGCCAGGAGCUAUCUGGAUGACGGCCAUGCUCUGGUGGAGGAUGUGGUUCGGGCCACUGGGUGGCCCAACAGCGAGCCGACAUGGAGGGGGCUUGGUCGAGCUGGAGUCUUGGAAGAGUUCUGCGACCACCGUGGUUGGUGCAGUCAAGACGGGCAGACGUUCAAAGGCAUAUUCUUCCAUCAUCUAUCCGAGUUCUGUCGCCCGCUGUGGCCACAGGAGGAAGCUUUUGUCUCAACGGACAGAGGUGCCAGCUUCGACCGGAAGGUCUACCAGUACCACCUCGCCCGGUGUGCCGCAUAUGACAAAUGGAUCGCUCAUAAUGCCAAUGCAGCCAUUGCCACUCGAGAUUCGGAUGGUCACUUUGGCAUGUGGUGGACGUUCGGAGAGUACGACGACGACAGGUUGGCCGAGAUCGGCCAGAGUACCGUCCUUCCUCCUGGUGCAGAGGAUUACCGCAACCCUAGACCGGAGGACUGGUCUUUGCGGUUAAUCAAUUCCACCGACAGCAAUGAUCGAGGCCGUGGCCGAACCGUCGAAACCCAGAGCGGAGGACUCGCAGUACUUCGAGCCAGAUGGAACUGGCAGUUGCAUUUACAAGAAGCUUGA